UUCUAAUACAAGGAGAACCAAUUGCCUUAAGUAUGACAGAAUGAAACUUGCCACAGUUAGGAAAACUAAUAGCCCUAACUCUGAAGUCUUUGACUUGUUUGUGUCAUAUGAAAAGGACAAAACUUGCAAUGAAUUAGGACUAGAUUUUAAGGAAAUUUUCACCCUUCCUAAGAACAUGCACCACCAGAAUACAGCAUUUGCUGGGACCGGGAUCCAGAUUGAAUGUGACUUUCUGAUAAAUUUCGAAUCAUUUUUAACUGUAACAAGAGAAAUUCCAGAAUUUGAUUCAUUAGCUGAGAUAACCCGAUCACUUGAUCAAGAUGAAAUUUUUCCUGACACUCCUCAGGAGUUAUAGCUGAAAUUAGUGCUAAUUCAUUCUAAUCUCAAGCAAGAAGUUUUUUAUUUUGAUGUUAUUGAGGAACUAAUCAGGACAGAAACAGUAUUGACUAGCCUAAAUAAAUUUAAAGAUAGACAUCUCGCUGUACUCGUGAAUCCAAUCUCGGGGAAACAAAGAGGGAGGAGAUAUUAUAGGGAUAUUCUUGCUCCCACUCUCAACAUAACAGGAAUCAAGCAUAACCACUUUGAAACAGACUCUGAGACAUACAUUGAGACAUGGGUUGAUCAGUUUAGCAACAAACCAUUCCCAUACACUGAUAUUAUUUUAAUCGGAGGAGAUGGGCUUUUUAGCCAGCUGAUCAACUCAAUUUUAAACAAUCCGGAUUGCCAAGAUAUCAUAAAGACUCCUAUUGGGUUGCUCCCUGCUGGAUCCCAGAACGCUACUUGCUGUGACUUGAAAGGCAAGGAUGUAUACCAAGCAUGCAGGAAUAUUGUUAGGAGACCUACCAUCCAGUCAGAUAUAAUGAAAAUUCAAUUUU